GAGACUCUCAGUGGUGGUUUCAGGUGAUAAAUCUCGUAGCUUUGAUAAUGGCAGAGGAAAUUAGAUUCUUUGAGCUCAACACCGGAGCGAAGAUACCAUCCGUUGGUCUCGGAACGUGGCAGGCCGAUCCUGGUCUCGUCGGAAACGCUGUUGACGCUGCUGUGAAGAUUGGUUAUCGCCAUAUUGAUUGUGCUCAAAUCUAUGGCAAUGAAAAAGAGAUUGGGUUAGUCCUGAAGAAAUUGUUUGAUGAUGGAGUUGUUAAGCGUGAGGAAAUGUUCAUCACAUCCAAACUCUGGUGUACUUAUCAUGAUUCUCAAGAAGUGCCUGAGGCACUUAAUAGAACUUUACAGGAUCUGCAGCUUGACUACGUCGAUCUGUAUCUCAUUCACUGGCCUGUUAGCCUCAAGAAAGGUUCUACUGGCUUUAAACCAGAGAACAUUUUGCCAACUGAUAUUCCUAGCACAUGGAAAGCAAUGGAAGCACUGUUUGAUGCGGGCAAGGCCAGAGCUAUUGGUGUCAGCAAUUUCUCCUCAAAGAAACUCGCAGAUCUCUUGGAGGUGGCUCGCGUCCCUCCCGCUGUUAACCAAGUGGAGUGUCACCCUUCAUGGCAACAAAACGUGCUCAGGGAUUUCUGCAAAUCUAAAGGCGUUCACCUCUCAGGGUACUCUCCUUUGGGUUCUCCAGGAACAACGUGGCUAACGAGCGAUGUUUUGAAGAACCCUAUUCUUGGUGGUGUUGCUGAGAAGCUCGGCAAGACUCCUGCACAAGUUGCACUACGCUGGGGUCUCCAAAUGGGUCAAAGUGUUCUUCCAAAAAGCACACAUGAAGACAGGAUCAAACAGAAUUUUGAUGUUUUCAAUUGGCCCAUACCCGAUGACAUGUUAUCCAAGUUUUCUGAGAUUGAACAGGGUAGGUUGGUGCGAGGCAUGUCAUUUGUUCAUGAGACGAGUCCUUAUAAGACUCUUGAAGAACUCUGGGACGGUGAGAUAUGAGACGCAGCUGAUUUGAUCUGUAUGUGCGAAAUCAUUCACCGAUUUGUCAUAGAUCAAUUUUUAGUACUGCUACUAGUUUCUUAGGGAGAGGUUCAACAAUUGGUUUUUCUACGUUUUCAAUAUUUUCUUCAGAAGAUAGAUUGCUACCCCAAUUAUAUUCGAUG